UGCUUGCCCAGGAAAGUACAGGCUAACAACAUGAACUAAGAAAAUGGGUCGUCGCGGGCGUCUUUCAAAUUUUCCUUCUUAAUAUUUUCUGUAUUUGUGUUUUAUACAUGAUGAUGAAAUGAUGGUUACCAUACAGAAUAUUAAUGAACAAGAGAAGCACCAACAAGUGCUUAUUGAAGAUACCUGUGAUACAAGCAAAGGUAACAUGAAAAUGACGUGAACUUUGUCGAAGGGGAGCCAUAGAGAAGGCAUUGUUGUGUGAUACCUGGCCAUCCUGCUCCGUCCCUGUUAUUCCCAGAGGCUUCUCUCCCUGGAAAGAAGGACUGACUCAUCUAAUUCAAGGGAUGAAAGAAGAACUCAGUGCCUGAAGAAGGAAACAGUGACCGAUCUGGAGGCUGCAGUUCUCUGUCCUUCACACAGCUCUUUCACCAUGCCUGGGUCACUUCCGUUGAAUGCAGAAGCUUGCUGGCCAAAAGAUGUGGGAAUUGUUGCCCUUGAGAUCUACUUCCCUUCUCAAUACGUUGACCAAACUGAGUUGGAAAAAUACGAUGGUGUAGAUGCUGGAAAGUAUACCAUCGGCCUGGGCCAGGCCAGGAUGGGCUUCUGCACGGACCGAGAAGACAUCAACUCUCUGUGCCUGACUGUGGUUCAGAAUCUGAUGGAGAGAAAUAGCCUGUCCUAUGACUGCAUCGGGCGGCUAGAAGUCGGGACAGAGACAAUCAUCGACAAGUCAAAAUCAGUGAAGUCUAAUUUGAUGCAGCUGUUUGAGGAGUCUGGGAACACAGAUAUAGAAGGCAUAGAUACAACCAAUGCGUGCUAUGGAGGCACAGCCGCGGUCUUCAAUGCUGUGAACUGGAUUGAAUCCAGCUCCUGGGAUGGACGGUAUGCUCUGGUAGUUGCAGGUGAUAUUGCUAUAUAUGCCACAGGAAAUGCCAGACCUACAGGUGGAGUUGGAGCUGUGGCUCUGCUGAUUGGGCCAAACGCUCCUUUAAUUUUCGACCGAGGGCUCCGUGGGACACACAUGCAGCACGCCUAUGACUUUUACAAGCCUGACAUGCUCUCUGAAUACCCAGUAGUGGACGGGAAGCUCUCCAUACAGUGCUACCUCAGUGCGUUGGACCGCUGCUACUCUGUCUACCGCAAAAAGAUCCGUGCCCAGUGGCAGAAAGAGGGAAACGAUAAAGAUUUUACACUGAAUGAUUUUGGCUUCAUGAUCUUUCACUCACCGUAUUGUAAACUGGUGCAGAAAUCUCUAGCUCGGAUGUUCCUGAAUGACUUUCUUAAUGAUCAGAACAGAGAUAAGAACAGUAUUUACAGUGGCCUGGAAGCCUUUGGGGACGUUAAAUUAGAAGAUACUUACUUUGACAGAGAUGUGGAAAAGGCAUUUAUGAAGGCUAGUUCUGAGCUGUUUAACCAGAAAACAAAGGCAUCUUUGCUUGUCUCAAAUCAGAAUGGAAAUAUGUACACGUCUUCCGUAUACGGUUCCCUUGCUUCUCUCCUGGCACAGUACUCCCCUCAGCAGUUGGCAGGGAAGAGGAUCGGAGUGUUCUCCUAUGGGUCUGGCUUGGCUGCCACCCUGUACUCUCUUAAAGUCACACAAGAUGCCACACCAGGGUCUGCUCUUGACAAAAUCACAGCAAGUUUAUGUGAUCUUAAAUCAAGGCUCGACUCAAGAACUUGUGUGGCACCAGAUGUCUUUGCUGAGAACAUGAAGCUCAGAGAGGACACACAUCACUUAGCCAACUAUAUUCCCCAGUGUUCAAUAGAUUCGCUCUUUGAAGGAACGUGGUACCUAGUCAGAGUGGAUGAGAAGCACAGACGGACUUACGCUCGGCGCCCCUCCUCUAACGGCCACAGUUUGGAUGAAGGAGUGGGACUGGUGCAUUCGAGCACAGCAACGGAGCAUAUCCCAAGCCCUGCUAAGAAAGUGCCAAGACUCCCUGCAACAGCAACAGAAUCGGAAUCAGCUGUCAUUACUAACGGGGAACACUAAGAGCUUUGUGGGGUGUAAGGCCUCACAGUGGCUUUGGGCUGGGCUGGGGAAUGGGAACAGUUGGAGAAUUGGAUGUCUGGGGACAAUUUUAAAGAUUACAUGUUGCUUAAAAUGUCAUGUAACUGACACAGAGCCUAGAAAA